GAAUCGCUUGAUUUGGGGGGAUUUGAAGCUUGAAGCAAGACCUAAAAACCUCUCAUUCUGGAAUGUUGACUUUGGCUUCAGACCCUGGAAUCCAUUUGUGCUGCAUACGGUCAUCCCCUUGUGAAAUUCAACGAAUUUAUUUGGCAUUCAGACUGAGACGACCGUAGCGAAAGGGUGAUCUUUUGUGCCUGAAGUCCUAGUGGGGCCAUGCAAUGUUUGUAUAAGACUUUGGAUUUGCUGCCCACUGCUACAGACAAUGAGAUCAGAUCAGCAUACCGGCGUUGUGCGUUGUCCACUCAUCCAGAUAAGGGUGGAUCUGCUGAAGCUUUUCGUUCGGUGGUCCAUGCCUUUGAAAUCUUGGUGGAUGCUAGUAGACGAGCUACCUAUGACCAGCUGCGCUGCCGCAGCAAGUCUUCUUCCACUGCACCUGGGAAAAAGGCGCCUCCCCGAAACAAGCGAAAGGCUGAAUCCAGCACCAGUACAGCCAAGCCGGCCGUGGCCAAAGACAAGCCCAAGAGGGCCCCGGCCAAAGAUGCCAGAGCCCCUAAGGAAUCACCAAAGCAACACAAGUCACAACCACCGCAAAACACUGAGAUGAAUACAAACAUGGGCUGCAAUCCAAUGGAUCACCAAGAACUUUACCGCCGACUGCUUCGUUUGCUAAAGAAACAGGCAUUGGAAGAGUUGGAGAAACUGUCCGAGGGGGACUUGAAUGCCUUCGCACAGUUCUUGGCAUCACAGGAAGCUGACGAGAUUCUGUCAAAGCUGUGUGAGUCACGCCGGUGCAAACCUCGCAUACUUGCCCUCCAAGAUCUCCCGAAGACUCGAAAACUCUCAGCUGUUCGGGCAGUGUCCAAGAAAAGAUUCACUAACAAGACGCCCAAAGCCCCCAAGCGUAAGACACUCGUAAAAACCGACGCCAAUCGUCCUGCUCGUGCCGCGAAACCCUUGGUGAAAGGUAUUUCUUGCAACAAACGGAACAAUAAUUACCAGACGCAUAUUUGCUUAUGCACCAAUCUCAUGAUCAUGACGCAGACUGUGAAAGAUUUGGGUGCGGCCAUUGACAUGCACAUCAGCUUGGUGCAGAUCCGCCAACAUGUAGAAGUUGGUUUGGAAGAGGGCAAGGACUUCAGGCAAGUGGCGCUAGAUGCUAUGGAGGCCGUCCGAAAAGAGCGCGCCGCUGCAGGUGCAGAGGAGAUGCGUUUAAGUUUCCGCUCUGCAUUCAGGAAGGAAUACACCUUGACAACUCAUGAUUUGGACACUGCUAUCCAAGACUGGAGGAGGAUAACAGGCCAGCAAGAGCCUUUGAGUGGGCUUUCGAUCAAGGCCCUGCGCGAGCAGGAAAAAGCUAGAAAGCAGGCGGAGAAGCAAGCGGAACGUGAAGACCAGAGGGCCGAAAAGCUGGAACGGGCGAGACAGAAGCUUCAACAAAGAGAGUGGAAAUUGAUGGCAAGGCAGAGACGACAGGAACAACAACAAGCGAGAUUAGAGGCCCGGCAGAAACGACACGAGGAGCUCCAUGGCAAGCGGCUGGCUUUUGCAAGAAUCAAACACGGCCGCUUGCAAGCCAUGGUGUUGGCUCUGCAGGCACGUUUUCAAAAGAUUCGCAGACAGAAACUGUUGAAAUCUUGGGGUGUUCCGGAACUCCCAGAAGGUUUGCAACUGAGCAGCUUUCAAUCAGCUGACGACAGCCUUUGUGCCACGCUUCGUUUAUCUGAUGGGACCGAGGCAGUGGGUCCCUAUCGCAAGAACUUCCAGCAGGCUGUCCGAGAGCUCCAGGAGCUCCGCGCCUUGCAGCAACACCGAGGGGAUGAAGCCCUGCAACAGGAGAUGCAACGACGCGACGUGGACGCCAUGACCGCAUUCUUCGUGCAAAGCAUCAGUUGACAUAGCUGACGAUGUUGACGUUGAGAGAGUGGUUUGGUGACCUUAGUGCAGCUGAAACAUGCUGAAGCCCAAAGGAAUGGAUAAAUAGAUGGUGAUAGUGGACUAUGACGAAGUGUUCCCUCGCGCUUUGCCAUACAGAUCAUGGCACAAUGGAGAAGACUGGAAUCAUUUUUGUCGGCACUUCCACACCACCACAUCACAAUGUUCAAUCGAUUCAAUGCAUUCAAACAUGUCUUAAGUCUCAGAUAGUUUCACAAUUAGCUGUGGUGGCCAGCGGCCAAUGGCCCUGUGACCAAGACAAGAGUCUUUUUUCAACGUACCGAGCUGCUGUUUGGUUUAAGUGUAGAAAA